UGGAGCAGGAGGAGGGGGGACUUCUCUCUGCCUUGUGCCCGCCGCCUGGUGCGCCAUACCCGGAUCCACUGCGCACACUUGCUCCCUCGUCUCCAGAGCGGCAAGGCGCACUGCUUUGGAGAGACACAGAACAGACACGAGGAUGAGGGAGGAGGAAGAAGACAUGGAAGCGUACAUCUCCUCCGCGCUUCUACGGACCACUUAACGAACUUUUAGAGCCAAUGUUACGGAGAAUUUCACCAACUUCGAGGUUACAAGGAUGUACUGCUCGGAUGGAAGAGCCCCAGCCGCUAGUUUGACGCUCCUGUUGGGAAUAACGUGGCUCUCCGUCCUCUGCGACUUCACCCACUGCUCCUCCGACUUAUCAGGCUACCUGUCCAAAGUCCUGCGUAACUACACGGAGAAGGCGUGUGACGGCAGCCUGCUGUCCCUCACCUGUCCCCCCCGCACCACCAUCACGGUCCAGUCUGCCUUUUACGGUCGCAGGGGCCCGUCUGACCCUCACCACUGCCCCCCGUCCUACCAGGCUCUGCUGGGGUACUACAACCAGCAGGAGGAUGAGCGCCUCUGCUCCAUGUCCACCGCUUUGCAGAAGAUGCUGGCUGAGUGUCAGGACAGGAGGAGUUGUCAGGUGCUGGUUCACAGUCGUGUGUUUGGGACAGACCAGUGUCCCGGGCGGAGCAAGUACCUCAUGGUGUGGUACAAGUGCAGACCCAAUGAGUACAAGUCCAAGGUGGUGUGUGAGGAGGAGCGGAUGAGGCUGAGCUGUAAGAGGGGCAUGCAGAUCGCUGUCUACUCCGCCAUGUUUGGACGCACGCAGCAGGGGGCGCUGGAGUGUCCCACCUACCACCGGAGGGCCCCCUCAGUCGACUGCCAGUCCGCAGUGGCUCUGCAGGUGCUCACGUCUCGUUGCCAGGGGAAACAGAGAUGCCUAGUCCCCGCCUCCACGCACGACUUCGGGGAGCCAUGUUACCCAGGGACUAGGAAGUACCUCAGUGUCAUCUACACCUGCGUCCCGAAGAAGCUGCUGCAGGAGGAGCCCCGCCCCCCGGUGUAUGCCCCGCCCCCCAGUGCCCAUGACCCUAACAUAGUGGGAGACAGUGCCCCCCCAGAGGGCAGCUCCGUCAGGACAGACCGGGGCAUCAGCAGCACCAGUGAGGAGAAGCCCACCGUUACAGAGCGGGAAGGGGGGCACAGGCCAGACAUGAACCCCAUCAUCAACUCCACCUCCAGUCCAGGGAUGCCGCUCAUCAGCAACGCCCUGGCAGCUUACACAUAUGUAUCAGACCACCCGGAGCGAGCCGCACUGUUCUUCGUCAUCGGCAUCUGCCUGGGGCUCUUCCUCACGCUCUUCGCCCUGGUGCUGCAGAUCUCGUGCCGCACCGACUGCCCGCCCCGACAGCAGCGCCCCCCGGUGAAAAAACGCGGCGGGCGCCCCCUGGACACCUCCACCGACUCCAGCGACUCGGACUCGGAUUGGGACACCGCCUCCGACCUGUCCGCGCGCAGGCACCGGCGCUUCGAACGCACCCUCAACAUGAACGUUUUCACCUCCGCCGAAGAGCUGGAGAGAGCACAGAGACUGGAGGAGCGCGAGAGGAUUAUCAGAGAGAUUUGGAUGAACGGACAGCCAGACAUACCAGGGACCAGGAGUUUGAACCGAUAUUAUUGAUUUUUGUUUCAAUGUUAUUGCUUUUUGUGCAUUGAACCAUCCUCCAAUGCCACUGUCAGGAGCAGUGUGCGACCGCAGUGCAGCACCCGGGGGAAAUUUGCUGGAAUACCUAGCUGGAGGAUCCGCGAUUAGCCUACUGUGCAUGUUUUAAGAUGAGUGCCAGCUACAUACAAGGAGAACACACCCCACGCAAAGGUCCCACGCACUCCAGGAUACGAACCACAGUGGUAAAGUGGGAAACCACAGUGCAGCACCUGGGGAACCUUCUUCAAAUCGGGGUAAAUUGGCGGGAAUACCCAGAUGGGUGCAUGUUUUAGGUGCUAGUGGAAAACUCAUCCAGACACGAGGAGAACAUGCAAACUCCACACAGAAAGGUCCAGAGAGCUCCAGGAUUUCAAGUGGACGACUAUAUUCCAGUACCCGGGGAUCCUUGUCCAAAUCUGGUUAAUUUAUCGGAGUACCUAGCUGAAGGAUUAGCGAUUAGCCUACUGUGCAUGUCUGAGGUACCUGCGUAGAACCCAUCCAGACAUAAGGAGAACAUGCAAGCUCAGCCCUGCCUGCGCACUCCAGGAUUCCAGGACCAUGUUGUUGCGUGGUGGACGAGCUAACCAUUCUCCCAACUAUGCGACUUGCGUUAGAAAAAGCAAUAACUUUAUAUGCAAAAUGUGCUGUGACGUCGGACCAGUCAAGGAAUUGUAUGCAAUUUUCACCAACGAUAAAAACUUGAACUCGUAUGCUUAGCCCAUCUUGCUAGGAAAUGCUAACAUAUAUGCUAACGUAAAUGCUAGGAAAAGCCAUUUGCUGCGGUAGGGAUGGUUUUGAAGUGGGGAUUUGUGAACAAAAGCUAUAUAUAUAUUAAACAGUUGCUGAAGGACUAUAGGAGAAAAAAGCUUUUAUUUGAAAGGCAGCUCAAAAUGGACGCCAGUAUUCAGAACGUUUUCGACAAUCGCUCCACAUGCUGCCUUAUGAACUCAAACCAAACUGGGGAUUCUUCUCAGCCCAUAUAUAAAGUCUAUUUUAUAAUAUUUAAUAGUUUAUUGUGUAUUUUUGAGCUCUUGUAUGGUUUAUUAUGAAAUAUUUUUAUACUUGGCAAAGGUUGUCCGGCACCUCAGGGACGCAAUCCUAGUGUUUGUUUUUGAUUCAUAUUUUUGCUUCCUAUAGACCCUUUAAAAUGCUGUGUGAUUGGAAUGUUCAAAAUUCCAAGAUGGAGAUAACUGGAGGCAAGUGAGGUAGACUAUAAUAUGUUUUCAAUGAUUAACAUCUAAAUGCUAAUAAUUUGAAGUCUUUGUAACAAAAAAUAAACAACCAUUUUGAAU